AUGGUGAACUUUACGGUCGACCAGAUCCGCGCGAUCAUGGACAAGCGGCAUAACAUCCGCAACAUGUCCGUGAUUGCGCACGUGGACCACGGCAAGUCCACGUUGACGGACUCCCUCGUCUCCAAGGCCGGUAUCAUUGCCGGUGCCAAGGCCGGUGAGACUCGCUUCACUGACACGCGUCAGGACGAGCAGGAUCGCUGCAUUACCAUCAAGUCCACUGCCAUCUCCCUCUACUACGAGCUGGCUGAGGAGGACAUGAAGUGGGUCAAGCAGACCUCCGAUGGCAACGCUUUCCUUAUCAACUUGAUCGACUCGCCCGGACACGUUGACUUCUCCUCGGAGGUGACUGCCGCCCUCCGUGUGACCGACGGUGCCCUCGUCGUCGUCGAUGCCGUCUCUGGCGUCUGCGUCCAGACUGAGACCGUGCUGCGUCAGGCCAUCGCCGAGCGCAUCAAACCCGUCCUCUUCCUCAACAAGAUGGACCGUGCUCUUCUCGAGCUCCAGCUCGAGCAGGAGGAUCUCUUCCAGACCUUCCGUCGCAUUGUCGAGAGCAUCAACGUCAUCAUUGCCACCUACGGUGAUGACGAGGGACCCAUGGGCCAGAUCCAGGUCGAUGUCUCCGCUGGUACCGUCGGCUUCGGCUCUGGUCUCCACGGCUGGGCCUUCACCCUGAAGCAGUUCGCCACCAUGUAUGCCUCCAAGUUUGGCAUUGAGGUUGACAAGCUCAUGAAGCGCCUUUGGGGCGACCAGUUCUUCAACGCCAAGGAGAAGAAGUGGCGCAAGAACGGUGAUGACUCGUCUUACGUCCGUGGCUUCAACAUGUUUGUCCUGGACCCCAUCUUCAAGGUCUUCGACUCUGUCAUGAACUUCAAGAAGGACGACACUGCCAAGCUCAUCACCAAGCUCGGCAUCAAGCUCUCCGCCGAUGAGAAGGAGCUUGAGGGCAAGCCCCUCAUGAAGGCCAUGAUGCGCCGCUGGUUGCCUGCCGGUGAUGCCAUGCUUGAGAUGAUCACCAUCCACUUGCCUUCCCCCGUCACCGCCCAGAACUACCGUAUGGAGAUGCUGUACGAGGGUCCUCAUGACGAUGCCGCCGCUCUUGGUAUCAAGAACUGCGACCCCGAGGCUCCUCUGAUGAUGUACGUCUCGAAGAUGGUCCCCACCACCGACAAGGGCCGCUUCUAUGCUUUCGGCCGUGUCUACUCUGGCAAGGUCGCCACUGGCAUGAAGGCCCGCAUCAUGGGCCCCAACUUCGUUGUUGGCAAGAAGGAUGAUCUCUUUGUCAAGACCAUCCAGCGUACCAUCCUGAUGAUGGGUCGCUUCAUCGAGCCCAUUGAGGAUGUUCCUUGCGGUAACAUCUGCGGUCUCGUCGGUGUGGAUCAGUUCCUUGUCAAGACUGGUACUCUGACCAGCUUCGAUGGUGCCCACAACAUGAAGGUCAUGAAGUUCUCCGUGUCCCCCGUCGUGCGCGUUGCCGUCGAGUGCAAGAACCCCUCCGAUCUGCCCAAGCUCGUCGAGGGUCUCAAGCGUCUGGCCAAGUCUGACCCCAUGGUCCAGUGCAUCAUUGAGGAGUCUGGCGAGCACAUCGUUGCCGGUGCUGGUGAGCUCCAUCUCGAGAUUUGCCUCAAGGAUCUCGAGGAGGAUCACGCUGGUAUUCCCCUCAAGAAGUCCGACCCCGUCGUCUCUUACCGUGAGACCGUCGAUGACGAGUCGGAGAUUAUGUGCCUGUCCAAGUCCCCCAACAAGCACAACCGUCUGUUCAUGAAGGCUCGCCCCUUGAGUGACGGUCUGGCCGAGGCCAUCGAUGAUGGCAAGGUCAGCGCCAAGGACGAUCCCAAGACCCGUGGCCGCUUCCUCGCCGAUAACUUCGAGUGGGACGUCACAGAGGCUCGCAAGAUCUGGUGCUUUGGCCCUGAGGGCACUGGCCCCAACGUCAUCGUCGAUGUCUCCAAGGGUGUUCAGUACCUCAACGAGAUCAAGGACUCUGUCACCACCGGUUUCAACUGGGCCUCCAAGGAGGGUGUCUUGGCCGAUGAGAACAUGCGCGCCAUCCGCUUCGACCUGCACGAUGUGACCCUGCACGCUGAUGCCAUCCAUCGUGGUGGUGGCCAGAUCAUCCCCACCGCUCGCCGCGUCCUGUACGCUUGCUGCUUGACCGCUCAGCCUCGUCUCAUGGAGCCCGUUUUCCUUGUCGAGAUUCAGUGCCCUGAGACUGCCAUGGGUGGUGUCUACUCUGUCCUGACCCGCCGCCGUGGUAUGGUCUUCGAGGAGAACCCCGUCUCGGGCACUCCCAUGUACAACGUCAAGGCUUACCUGCCCGUCAACGAGUCGUUCGGUUUCGACUCUGCUCUCCGUGCCGGCACUGGUGGCCAGGCCUUCCCUCAGUGCGUGUUCGAUCACUGGGAGAAGAUGAACGGCAACCCUCUCCAGGAGGGCAGCAAGGAGUACGAGAUUGUCAAGUUCUCCCGUACCCGCAAGGGUCUCAGCCCCGAGCCCUUCACUCUCGACAAGUACUACGACAAGCUCUAA